AUGGCGGACUCACAUGAUGAUUUUCUAAAGAAAAUUGUGGCUCGUUUUCCGUCCGGAAUUUCCCUUGCUUUCGCUUAUGGCUCCGGAAUAUUUUCCCAGAAAGGAAAUGUGUCUUCAAAGAACAUGUUGGACUUUGUUUUUGUCCUCGAAGACGCUGAUCAAUGGCAUAAAACUAAUCUGAAUCUCCAUUCACACCACUACUCUUUCGUCAGACGUUUUGGCUCCAAUGCUGUGGUUUCAUUGCAAGAUAGAUUCGGUGCACGAAUGUAUUACAAUACUCUGGUGCCAAUGGAGGGGAGAGUUAUUAAAUAUGGGACUAUCAGUCGCGAGAAUUUUCUUCUUGAUCUUAACGAAUGGCAGUGGUUAUAUCUCUCUGGGCGACUUCACAAACCAGUCAAAAUCUUACAACGAGGAGAUGACGCAGUUGUUUUGUCAGCUUUGAAGGGGAAUUUAUACAGCGCUGUCAACGUGGCGCUCCUGAGCCUUCCAGAGUUCUUUACAGAAGAAGAGCUUUUCUUAAGCAUCGCGGGUUUGUCAUUUGCGGGAGAUUUCAGAAUGAUUGUGGGAGAAAACAAAAAUAAAGUACAGAACAUUGUUGGUCCAAAUAUUGAACCUUUUAGAGAUCUUUACAACCCAAUUCUUUUGAAGUCAAAUGAAAUUCAUUUUAACUCUUCAUCUCGUAAAUAUCACCAGAAUCAAGAAAUAAACAUGAUAUUUUCUCGCUUGAAGUCGUUACCCCGAAAUUUAUUACAGUUUGUAGUCUCGAGUGUCAUUAGCAAAGAAGUCAAGGCGUCUUUAAUUGAAGAAGCAUUAUAUGAUACUUCUAAAGAUAUAGUCAAUUGUUCACAGGUAGUUAGAAAAGGUAUCACUUCUAUUGUUAGGAAAUCUAGUAUCUCACAGAGCAUCAAAGGAGUUAUUACUGCAGGAGGCCACAAAACCUUGAUCUACAGUACUCAAAAGAUAAAUAAGAUGCUAAGAGGGAUUUUCAGGGGAUAG